AUGCGGCAGGAGCCGGGGAUGAGCGGCGGGGCGCGGCCGGGAGCAGGAGCGGGGCUCGGCUCCCCCCCGGCCAUGAGCGGAGCCCCCGAAGCCCGGGCCGGCCCCUCCCGGCCCCGCACCUCCUUCCUCAUCCAGGACAUCCUGCGGGACCGGCCCGAGCGCGGCGGCGGCGCGGGCAGCGAGCAGAGGGCAGCGGGCAGCCCGGAGGGGAGCGGGGCCGGCCCGGCAGCGGGGGGCACCCCCGCGGGUCCCCGUUCCCCCCGAGACUCGGGGACACCCCAGGGACCGGACACAGACACCUCGGUGGAGACAUUCCUGCCCGACUGUGCCCCCACCGUGCACCCCAUGACCCCCCAGCCUCCCAGGCAGGGAAAACGCUCCCGAGCCGCCUUUUCCCACAGCCAGGUGAUCGAACUGGAGCGGAAAUUCAGCCACCAGAAAUACCUGUCAGCCCCGGAGAGAGCUCACCUGGCGCGGCACCUGCAGCUCACCGAGACCCAGGUGAAGAUCUGGUUCCAGAACAGGAGGUACAAGACCAAGAGGAAACAGCUGGUGGCCGGGAUGAGCCGCUUGGACUCGCCUCAGGAAGCGCCGGAAUUCCCGGGAAUGUCGCUGCUGGCGCUCAGGGGCGCCUGGCCCUACCUGCCCUGCCUGUACUAUGUCAAUUCCUGGAGCCCCUCCUGGUAG